GACCCGCGUCCAUGCUGAAAUGCACGGCUCUGUGACACCGGCACUGGAACUGAAAACAGUCUUUACAUCCUGACAGGAUGAUGGAGGAUGUAGUCGCCGUGUCCGACGCUCCAGCUGAGGAGAAUGAGGUCUCAGCUGCCCAGUCCUCUAGAGACAGUCGGAAGCUUGACUGCAUCAUCUGUUACAGCGCCUAUAACCUGGUCGAAAGGCUUCCACGCAAGCUCUACUGCGGCCACACAUUCUGUCAGGACUGCCUGAGACGACUGGAUACGGUCAUUAACGAGCAGUUGUGGAUCCCUUGUCCUCAAUGUCGUCAAAACACUCCUGUACCUCGAGGAGGUGCCGUCGGUCUGGACCUGGACCUGGCUGCGUUCUUGGGUGUAAAAGCUGAGGUGGAGAACCAGCGAAGCAGCCCACAGAAAACCCCCCUGGAGACCAAGCUGUCAUUUAUUAAGCAGCCGAUCACAGAUCAGCCUCCAUCCGCUUGGCCCAACAUGGCGCUGACUGAGCCACGCUUCCACACCAGCCCCUGCUGUAGACAUUGCCGGUUCUGCUGCUGGUGGUGUUAG